AUUCUCUUGCAUAAAAACCAAGAAUCCAUAGCUCUUCUCCACUCAUCAUCAGAGAUUUCAGAACAAAAUCUGAAAACAAACAAGGGCUAAAAAAUGGAUUCAACGCCAAGAGUAGCUGUUGCAGAUGCUGCAGGACGUGCAUACGAAGAGUUUGAACCAAAAAUGGAAUCAAAGCCAAGGGGUUCUGGUGCAGUUAUUGCUGCAGGACGUGCAUACGAAGAGUUUGAACCAAAAAUGGAAUGGGAUCGAGAGCUUGGAGUUGACACUCUGCGAGUCCUCCUGCCAGACUUCAAGAAAGAACAGAUAAAAGUUCAAGUAAGCUCAUCGCGUGUUCUCAGGAUAAGUGGAGAACGCCAACUCAGUGACAAUAGAUGGAGCUGUUUCCUCAAGGAGAUUCCUCUUUCAUCAAAUUAUAACCAUAAGGAGAUCUCAGCAAGGUAUGAAAAGGGAAUCCUUUAUGUCAAGCAUCCUAAACUAAUUGUUCCAGAUGAUGCUGAGCUACAGGAAAACGAGCAACCGCCGGUGGAAUCAUCAACGCUGGAUGGGAAGCCACCACAGGAAAAGGCACAGCAACCUACAAGGAUGGAUAAAGAUAAAGCAGCAAAAGGACUCGUCAGUGGAGCUCAGAAACUAAAUAUGGAAGGUUACAGGAAGGAUUUUAGUGGUUUGGUCAUGGACAUGACGAAGCCAAGAAAAUUGGUGAACCUGGUUCUGUUUAUUUUAUCUGUUGUGGUACUUGGGAUGUAUGCCAGGAAAGCCAUCAGCUGGUCCAUCAAGAAAUCUGAGAAUUAAGUCAUUUGAUACACAUCUGUAUAUGCAUCUACAACAACUGCAACCAUGUUUGCAUUUUAAAUAAUUCAACAGUUGUAGCAAAGUUCAUUUCAUUCAUAUAUAUAUACAUAUGCGUUAACCAAACUUCAAAAAAAUAUCAAUGGAGCAUAUAUUUCAACAAA